CCGAGAAAGCAGCCUGUGACAGCCGGGAGGGGAGCGGGGGCCGAGCCCUGCAGAGCGAUACCCCUCCCUUCCCAGGGGCAGGCGGCGCGGGGAUUAAAGUCACCGAUUCGGCCUGGGGAGGGGGCUGGAGGUUUUUUUUUUCCUGGAAUCCCCGCCCCUCCCCUCCGAGGAUUUGGAUUCAAGUGGCUUCUUAAAUCCCACCCAGCCCCGCACGGUUGUGCUCCUUCCCCGCCGCAAUGCCCCUGCUCCUGACCUGAGCCCGCACAUCUGGAGACAGCUGCGGCAGAGCAGCCCGGCGCCAUAUGCCCAGCGCUGCGUAGGGACCUGGAAGCGCCACGCCACGGAACGCGCCUGGCCAGCUGGGCUGCCUGGCAGGAUAUAAAAUGUAUCAGAGCUUAGCCCUCGCCCCCAACCCCGGGCAAUCGGCUUAUUCCCACGACGCCAGCAAUUUCCUGCACUCCUCGGCCAGCUCCCCGGUGUACGUGCCCACCCCCCGGGUGCCCUCCAUGCUCCAGACGCUGCCUUACCUGCAAGGCUGCGAGCCGGCCCACCAGACCCACGCCUUGGGCAGCCCCCCGGGCUGGGCGCAAAGCGGCGGCGAGGCAUCGGCCUUCAACGCGGGCAGCCCGCACCCGCCGUCGGGCUUCGCCUACUCGCACAGCCCGCCGGGCGGCGGCGGCGGCGCGGGCCGGGAGGGAGCCUACCAGAGCCCGCUGCUGCUGGGCAGCGGGGGCCGAGAGCAGUACGGCAACGCCCUGGUGCGCUCGGUCAGCGGAUCCUACCCCGGCCACUACCCGGCCUACGUGAGCCCGGAGAUGCCUCCCUCCUGGAGCGCGGGACACUUCGAGAGCAGCGUGCUGCACAGUCUGCAAACCCGGCAGGCCUUGCCCGGCCGCAGAUCCACCUUCGUUUCAGAGUACCUGGAGGAGUUCCCUGGGGAUGGCCGAGAGUGCGUGAACUGCGGGGCCAUGUCCACCCCGCUGUGGAGGAAGGACGGCACCGGGCACUAUCUGUGCAACGCCUGCGGGCUCUAUCACAAAAUGAACGGCAUCAACCGGCCGCUCAUCAAGCCGCAGAAGAGGCUGUCUUCAUCAAGACGUGCUGGGCUUUGUUGCACUAACUGUCACACAACCAAUACUACCCUCUGGAGACGGAAUGCAGAGGGAGAACCCGUCUGCAAUGCCUGUGGAUUAUACAUGAAACUCCAUGGGGUGCCACGACCUCUGGCAAUGAAAAAGGAAAGCAUCCAGACAAGGAAACGGAAGCCUAAAAACAUUACCAAAGGCAAAACCUCCACAGGGUCUACAAAUUCAGCCACUAACUCUCCUUCUUCCAUUACAAACUCAGACAGCACCGUCACUUUAAAAACUGAGCCCAAUGUGACAUCACAGUACCCAGGACAAACCAUAGUGUCAGUCUCCCAGGCUCAAAGCCAGUCGAAUGAGACACUGGCCAGUGGCCAUUCCGAGUUCAAAUUUGAACCUGAGGAUUAUGCCUUCACUUCUGCUGCCAUGACUCAACAGUCAGGACUAAGUGUUCCCCUCCGUCAGGACUCUUGGUGUGCACUGGCAUUGGCCUAGAAACGGGGCUUCCAAUACAACUCUUUGGACCAACCUUUCUACCUUCCCCACGAAUGGAUAACAGGCAAAAGGAAGGGCUGCCUUAGAGCUUUGGGACUGAAAGGUUUCAAGUAGUCCACCCGUGAUUCUAUGUUCAAAGACAGAUUUCUCUUGGAGGCUGAGAGUGAAAGCUUAGAAAACGCUGGCUGUUUUUUGCCAAGUUCAUUCUUCCUGACUGACUGGUAUUCGCUCCUCUAAAUCUUUUACUCUGCAGAAGUGAAACGAGGACGCCUUUUAUCUUCCUGAGACUAAACAAAUAAAUACAUCCCAGAAUCUAUGUUUAUUCACGAUUAUUUCUCCCUUUUAUGUCACCUAUCUGUGCAAUUUCUUCCACUUUCUAAUAAAGACUGUGAUGGCACCAAGUAACUUAAUUCUAUUAACACAUAAACUGUGUUGCCUUCCUUAUGUUUACUGGGCACAGCAGGAAAGGAAAAAAAGACCCUGUUGUUUUAAACAUAUGCUGUUUUAUAUUAAAAACAAUCAUCUCUCUAGAAUGUUAGCUUCUGAAGCAUUUAGCCUCUCAACACUGAUCCCAUGAAUCAUCCACGAGAUAAACACGCUGCUCUUCUGGUUCUGUCUCCAAAGAAAGAAUUUCUUUUUCUUUUUUUCGGCAAGCCACAUGACAAAAAUGGUCAAAAAAGAUUCUGAUAAUAAAAAAAACUUCUUGAAA